UUUAGUUUAAUUGAAAUCAGAUUACAAAAUGGCUGCCACUACACAUGAAGAAAUUGAGGAACAAAUUCGUAAAAUACAAGCUAAAAAGGCAGGAUUUAUUCCAGGAAAUGAUGAAGGAGAAGAUGAAAGAGUUGCAUUAGGUGAACACGCUUUCUAUGAUCAAGAUAUUUAUGAUGGCAAUAAGGGGAAGUUUGAAGGCUAUGUCACUUCAAUACCAGUUGCCGAAGAAGCAGAGGAGGAAGAUGAAUUUUCUAAUACUAAUGGUGUAUUUUCUACCAUAUUAGCUCAUGAAAAAGAUUUUGACCCUUUUGCAGAACAUAGAAUCCCCAAGAUAGCAGACAGAGAAGACGAAUAUAAACAAAGACGUAGGAAUUUAAGAAUAUCCCCAGCACGCUUUGAUCCUUUUGCUGAUGGUGGGAAAACACCAGACCUACAAUCACGUACAUUUGUAGAUGUGAUGCAUCAACAAACACAUAAGAAAACAGAGGUUAAUGAACCUUUCUUAUCAGAUAGCAAAACACCAGACCUUCAAUCACGUACAGUUAUAGAUGUGAUACAUCAACAAACACUUAAGAAAACAGAGCAACCAAUUAAAAUGACUCCUAGAACAAAAUCGAUAGCACCUACUCCAGGGAGAGAAAUGCUUAAUGCUGCCACUCCGGGCAGGGGCAUUAUGGACACACCAUCUGGUGAAAUGGGCCGAAAGUUGUUGGAAUUUGAAUGGGCGGAAACUCCUAGUCAUGCUGGGCUGGGAGCCGGUGGUGGUACCCCUGGCACUGCCACUCCGGGGGGUCAUAUGGGAACCACUACCCCUGGAAGUGGAGAUUAUUUUGGAAACGCCACGCCUGGUCGUCACCAGGCCACCCCUGGAAGCGCUCGAAAAAAUAGGUGGGAUGAAACUCCAAAAACCGAGAGGGAAACACCUGGUCACAAAGCUGGGGCCGGCUGGGCCGAGACGCCUAAAACUGACAGGGGCAUGACGGACCAGGAUACAGAUAGCAGACAUUUGGAAGGAACGCCCUCUAGCCUUACACCUAUUAAACCUUCGCUCAAAAAAGAUACGUUACCCACUGCUCAGCAGCUUCAGCAACAUACACCUGUGGGUGCUAGCAGCAAACGUAAAUCACGCUGGGACGAAACUCCUUUAGCUGCCUUUGAUAGGACUCCAACCCCUGGGCAUGCAGGCCUUGUUACCCCAUCUGGUAUGGGUGGGGGAAUCACGCCUUCAGGAAUUACACCGGUUGGGAUCAAAGCUAUGGGUCUUGCUACACCCACUCCAAGACACUUAAUGUCAAUGACACCUGAACAGGUGCAGGCUUAUAGAUGGGAAAAAGAGAUGGAUGAGCGGAACCGACCCAUGACUGAUGAUGAACUGGACACUAUUUUCCCCCCUGGUUAUAAAGUGUUACCCCCUCCCCAAGGAUACGUUCCUCUUAGAACUCCUGUCAGGAAGCUUAUGGGCACACCAACUCCUAUGGGAGGACAGAAUGCCUUUUUCAUGCAGGCAACUCCAGAUCGAAAAACGGCCGUUGUCCCUGAUUUGCAACCUAAAGAUGUUGAGCUGCCGCUACUUAAACCUGAAGAUUCACAAUACUUCGACAAACUAUUGAUCGACAUUGACGAGGACUCUCUAAAUCCAGAAGAGGCCAAGGAGCGAAAAAUCAUGAAAUUUUUAUUAAAAAUUAAAAAUGGGACGCCUCCAAUGAGAAAGUCUGCCCUGAGACAAAUCACUGAUAAAGCCCGGGAGUUGGGGGCGGGUCCUCUUUUUAAUCAAAUCCUUCCAUUACUUAUGUCGCCCACGCUCGAAGAUCAAGAACGCCAUUUGCUGGUUAAAGUCAUUGACAGGAUUCUCUACAAACUUGACGAUUUAGUUCGACCUUUCGUUCAUAAAAUAUUAGUCGUAAUAGAACCACUGUUGAUAGAUGAAGAUUACUAUGCCCGUGUUGAGGGCCGCGAAAUAAUUUCCAACUUAGCUAAGGCUGCUGGCCUUGCCACUAUGAUUUCUGUCAUGCGACCAGACAUUGAUAACGCUGAUGAAUAUGUUAGAAACACUACUGCUCGUGCUUUUGCAGUUGUGGCGUCUGCUCUAGGCAUUCCGGCUUUGCUUCCCUUCCUUAAAGCCGUUUGUGGAAGUAAGAAGAGCUGGCAGGCCCGGCACACGGGUAUUAAAAUAGUGCAACAAAUAGCUAUCCUAAUGGGCUGUGCCGUCCUGCCCCACUUGCGGAGUUUGGUUGAAAUUAUAGAACAUGGCUUGGUUGAUGAGCAGCAAAAGGUACGAACCAUCACUGCUUUGUCACUUGCCGGUUUGGCCGAGGCUGCCACUCCAUAUGGUAUUGAAUCCUUUGAUUCUGUUCUUAAGCCUUUGUGGAAAGGUAUCCGUACACAUAGAGGAAAGGGUCUAGCUGCUUUCUUAAAAGCUAUCGGUUACCUUAUACCAUUGAUGGACGCUGAAUACGCCAAUUAUUACACCAGGGAAGUCAUGUUAAUUCUCAUACGUGAGUUUCAAUCGCCUGACGAAGAGAUGAAGAAAAUUGUACUUAAGGUUGUCAAACAAUGUUGUGGCACAGACGGUGUCGAACCCCAGUACAUCAGGGACGAAAUACUUCCCCCAUUUUUCAAGCACUUUUGGUCACACAGAAUGGCUUUGGACAGGCGAAAUUAUAGGCAACUAGUUGAUACCACUGUCGAAAUAGCUAAUAAAGUUGGUGUUGCCGAAAUCGUAGGUCGCGUUGUAGAUGAUUUAAAAGACGAGAACGAAGCCUUCCGUAAAAUGGUAAUGGAAACUAUUGAGAACGUUAUAAAUAAUCUCGGAGCUGCCGAUAUAGAUUCUCGACUUGAAGAACAGUUAAUAGACGGUAUUUUAUACGCGUUUCAAGAACAGACCAGCGAGGACAUUGUAAUGUUGAACGGCUUUGGUGCUGUGGUCAAUGGUUUAGGGAAGAGGGUUAAGCCCUAUCUACCUCAGAUUUGUGGAACAAUACUAUGGAGAUUGAACAAUAAAUCAGCCAAGGUUAGGCAGCAGGCGGCUGAUCUUAUCUCUCGCAUAACUCUUGUUAUGAAGACUUGCCAAGAAGAAAAGUUAAUGGGACAUUUAGGUGUAGUGCUAUAUGAAUACUUGGGCGAGGAGUAUCCUGAAGUUUUGGGAAGCAUUUUAGGAGCUUUAAAAAGUAUAGUCAACGUUAUAGGAAUGACCAAAAUGACUCCCCCUAUCAAAGAGCUUUUACCACGAUUAACACCAAUUCUUAAAAAUAGACACGAAAAAGUGCAGGAAAACUGUAUAGACCUUGUCGGGAGAAUAGCUGAUCGGGGUUCUGAAUUCGUAUCUGCCAGAGAAUGGAUGAGGAUAUGUUUUGAACUUUUAGAACUUUUGAAAGCCCAUAAAAAAGCAAUAAGAAGGGCUACAGUUAACACCUUUGGAUAUAUCGCCAAAGCUAUUGGGCCACACGAUGUACUGGCAACCCUGCUAAACAACUUAAAAGUACAAGAAAGGCAAAAUCGUGUUUGCACUACAGUAGCUAUAGCCAUUGUUGCUGAAACUUGUUCUCCAUUUACCGUUUUACCUGCCCUGAUGAACGAAUACCGUGUUCCUGAACUGAACGUACAAAACGGUGUUUUAAAGUCGUUGUCUUUUCUAUUUGAAUACAUUGGUGAGAUGGCGAAAGAUUACAUAUAUGCUGUCACUCCACUUCUCGAAGACGCCUUGAGUGAUAGAGAUCUCGUUCACCGGCAAACAGCUUGUGCCGGAAUUAAACACUUGGCCUUAGGGGUUGUAGGGUUUGGCUGUGAAGACGCCUUGAUUCAUCUCCUCAAUUACGUAUGGCCAAAUCUUUUCGAAUGUUCUCCCCAUGUCAUAUUAGCUGUUCACGAAGCUAUAGAGGGUAUGAGGGUUGCUCUAGGACCUACCCGAAUACUAUUAUAUGCCAUGCAGGGUUUAUUUCAUCCUGCUAGAAAAGUUAGAGAUGUGUAUUGGAAAAUUUACAACACCAUUUACAUCGGAGCUCAAGAUGCAAUUGUUCCCUCUUUCCCUAAAGUCGAAAAUGAUCCAAAAAAUUACUAUAUUAGAAGCGAAUUAGAAUGUAUAUUAUAAUUAUAGUGUUACUAAUUCAUUUGUAUAUUUUUUAAAUUAAAUAAUCAUUCUUAUACCAAAUAAUUAUAAUUUGUUUUUAAUUUAUUUGGUGAAAUUGAUUAAUUAUUAUUUGAUAAAUAUACUUUAUAUAUUAUAUUUAUAAAUAAAGAUUUAAGAUCAAA